AUAAUACAAUAAUUAUAUUCUAUGGAUAAAUUUUUUAAAUAAGAAAACUAGGUGUAGACUUAAGAAAUUGGAGACUCUGAUAUAGCGCCAUCUUACAAUUUUCCAAAAAUUUCUAGAAAACGUGUGAAAGAGAAUUGAAAGAAUUGUAUCAGUUCAUAUAGAAACGCGCUUGGAAAAACACGCUGGUAAUUGCACAGUUUCGUUAAAACGAUUGACAUUAGCUAAAAGUGGGACGGAAAGUAUUCAUAGAAAGCAGUUAAUAAGUAAGAAAUCGAAAAAUGUCUGUGAUUGGAAUCGAUUUUGGCAAUGAAUCUUGCUACGUUGCCGCUGCUAAGGCAGGCGGUAUUGAGACAUUAGCCAAUGAUUACAGUCUCCGAGCAACACCAUCUUUCGUGGCAUUCGAUGGAAAAAAACGAAUUAUUGGAGUUGCUGCAAAAAAUCAGCAGGUCACAAAUAUGUCAAACACAGUCUGUGGCUUUAAGCGUCUAUUAGGUCGCAAAUUUAACGAUCCGCAUGUUCAGCGUGAAUUAAAUAACAUUCCAACAACAGCCGAAGCACGCAAUGAUGGUAGCAUUGGCAUGCGUGUAAAUUAUUUAGACCAAGAACAGCAUUUCACACCCGAGCAAUUAACAGCUAUGCUCUUUACGAAGCUUAAGGAAACAUCAGUUGAGGCCUUACAGGCCCAGGUGAACGAUUGUGUUAUUACUUGCCCCGUUUACUUCACGAAUGCUGAACGUAAAGCUUUGUUGGAUGCUGCUCAAAUAUCGGGAUUGAAUGUGCUACGUUUGAUGAAUGAAACAACCGCUACUGCAUUGUCGUAUGGUUUCUACAAGCAAGACUUGCCGGAAGAUAAACCGCGAUAUGUUAUUUUCGUUGAUUGUGGUAAUUCAUCACUGCAGGUCAGUGCGUGUGCGUUUACUAAGGGUAAAUUAAAAAUGAUUGCUAGUACCUGGGAUCAAAUCGGAGGACGUGAUUUUGAUUUUGCGCUAGCUGAGUAUUUCACUAAAGAAUUCAACGAACGUUUCAAGUUUAAAACCAAUGCACGUGCACGUUUGAGGCUGCUUACAGAAGUCGAAAAACUGAAGAAACAGAUGUCAGCGAAUAGCACAAAGUUGCCAUUAAAUAUUGAAUGCUUUAUGAAUGACAUUGAUGUUUCUUCAAGCAUGCAGCGAUCUCAAAUGGAAGAGCUAUGUGCAUCACUGUUUCAACGCGUCGAACAUACCUUUAGAAGGUUGUUACAAGAAUCCAAAUUGACACUAGACGAAAUUCAUUCAGUAGAGGUAGUCGGUGGUAGCACACGUAUACCUGGUAUUAAAUCCCUAAUUGAAGAGGUUUUCUGCAAACCAGCUAGUACAACAUUGAAUCAAGAUGAAUCAGUUUCCAGAGGAGCCGCAUUGCAAUGUGCAAUUAUGUCACCUGCUGUGCGCGUACGUGAAUUCGGUGUUACAGACAUACAAAAUUAUUCUGUAAAAGCUAGCUGGGACGGUGAAGGUAAUAUGGCUGGCGGUGAAAUAGAAGUAUUCCCAGCUUUUCAUGCGGCACCUUUUAGCCGUCUAUUGACACUUACACGCAAAGAACCAUUUGUAAUGACAGUGUCAUAUGCACAGCAAAUCCCCUAUACAGAUCCAAUUAUUGGUAAAUGGUAUAUUAAGGAUAUAAAACCAAACGAGAAGGGUGAACAUCAAGAAGUUAAAGUCAAAGUUCGUAUUAAUCACCAUGGCAUUGUAUUGAUUUCAAGUGCAUCACUUGUAGACAAAAAAGAAGUAGAAGAUUUGGGAGCAUCAGCUGGCGAUCAUAAUGCCCCAGAAACUGGUAGCGAAGAAAAUAUUGGCGAAUCACAACAACAGCAACAACAGCCACCAAAUGUGGGUGAGCCCAUGGAUACUGCUCAAGAGGCUUGUUAUGAAAAUGAGGAUUAUAAUAACCAAACAACAGCCUCAUCACCUGGAGGACAAGGGUGGGCUCAGCGGGUCAAGGGCUGGUUUAGUUCGGGCGGUGAAAAGAAAAAGAAAUCAACGAAACUUAUUGAACUUCCUAUGGAUGUAAAAACUCAUGGUUUCUCUCCAGCUGAUAUGAAUAAUUUAAUACAACAAGAAUCAAGAAUGAUUGCUAAUGAUGCUAAAGAAACACAAAGAGUUGACGCGAGGAAUGCUUUGGAAGAAUAUGUCUAUGACAUGCGUAGUAAAUUGAUGGAUGGACCACUUGAACGUUUUGUGAAGGAGGCGGAACGUAAUGCAUUAUGCUCUGAACUAACUGAAGUAGAAAAUUGGCUUUAUGAAAGCGGUGAAAAUUGUGAUCGUGAUACUUACGUUUCUAAACUUAAAAGCCUCUACACUCAAACUGAUCCUAUCAAGGAACGUGCAAACGAUUAUGAAAAUUGUCCAGGAAAAUUCGACGAACUAAUGCAGGUUAUCAGUUUUGCACGUGCCGCCAUUGGUGAAUUUAAAAAAGGGUCACCCAAAUACGAUCAUCUAACCGAGACGGAAUUCAUUAACAUUGCUGAGGCUGUUGAUAAAACGCACGCUUGGUAUGAAAACAAUUUAAGUAAAUUUAAACAAACUCCGCGCACUACGGACAGUCCCGUUAAAGUAAUUGACAUUUUAAAUGAAAUAAAAACACUUAAAACGUGCGUAAAUUCCGUAAUUAAUCGUCCAAAACCAAAACCAGCAACUAAAACACCUCCUAAAGAAACUGGAACCGAUCAAAAUGGCGAAGACACGGAAAAGCAUGAUGCGGAAAAGGGCAAUAGCAACAGGGCACCUGAAGAUCCUACAAUGGAUGUGGAGUAAUUGUAGGCAUAUAGAAACUCUAAAAGUUUAUUAAGAAAGGAUUCGGUGUUUGGCUGAAAACGCUGUUAACAUAGGGCAGAAUAUUAUAUACAUUUUUUAAAAUAUCUUUACAAAAUAUAAAAAACAAUCGAAAAAAAAAAUACGCAACAUCUUAAUUUUAAAUUAUUGCUAAUAAAUUAACAAUUUACUUAAUCAUUAGAACAAAGAAGAUCUAGUUGGCGCCACAAGAAUAAACAAAACAAAUGUUCUUUUAUUAAUUGCGUAUUUUUUAAAA